CGAGCUGAGCCAGCCAACAAGCAAACAAUGCCUUCUAGAACAGGGCCCAUACAUACCACCAUUGAUAAGGGCCACGAAUCCUGUUUCCUUCAUGAGAAACGUGGGGAGAUAUCUCUCCCUUUUUAAGGACCUCAGCCACCACUGAUCGGUCAAGGAGAAGCACACCACACCUGAAUACUUGAGGUUUGAGGAGGGCAGCUGAAGAGCAAGGCAGGAUGUACAGCGCCCUUCACCUCGUUCAGAGGGGCAAGAGCAGAGCAGGGUUGACGAUGUUGACUGGAUUCGUCAACCGCUUCUCUUCCGUGUCAAGACCCGAAAGGUUGGCUGGAAAGGUGGCCGUGAUCACCGGCGGCGCAAGCGGCAUCGGCGAGGCGACGGCCAAGGAGUUCAUCCGCAAUGGCGCCAAAGUCAUCAUCGCCGACGUACAAGACGAUCUCGGCCACGCCGUCGCCGCCGAGCUCGGCCCAGAUGCGGCCUACACCCGCUGCGAUGUCACCGACGAGGCGCAGAUCGCGGCGGCCGUGGACCUCGCCGUGGCGUGCCACGGCCGCCUCGACGUCCUGCACAACAACGCCGGGGUCACGUGCUCCUACGUGGGGCCCCUCGCCUCCCUAGACCUCGCCGACUUCGACCGCGUCAUGGCGGUGAACGCCCGGGCGGUGCUCGCCGGCAUCAAGCACGCGGCGCGCGUGAUGGCGCCACGGCGCGCCGGCUCCAUCCUCUGCACGGCCAGCGUGGCGGGCGUGAUCGGCAGCGAUGUCCCCCACGCGUACAGCGUCUCCAAGGCGGCAGCCAUCGGCGUGGUGAGGUCCGCCGCCGGCGAGCUGGCGCGCCACGGCGUGCGGCUGAACGCCAUCUCGCCGCACGGCAUCGCGACGCCGCUGGCGAUGCGCGGGUUCGGCGACGUGCUGGCGUGGGCGGACGCCGAGAGAUUGAAGCGGGUCAUCGAGGAGGACAUGAACGAGCUGGAGGGCGCAAAGCUGGAGGCGGAGGACAUCGCGAGGGCGGCGGUGUACCUCGCCUCCGACGAGGCCAAGUACAUCACUGGGCAUAACCUCGUCGUCGAUGGCGGGUUCACCGUCGGCAAGCGCCUCAACUUCGCGCAUGCUUGAGUUCAGAAAAUCCGAAAAUUUGACUUCCAUGUGGACUUUGUUUUAUUGGAAUAAUAAUUCAGAGUUUGUGUAUUGAUUACCAGUUUGUUGUUUAGAUUUGGUAAUAGGGAAAUAAGGAUAAUCUUAAUCCAGAAACUAUCAAUUAGUUUUUAUACUUGACAUGUCAUAAAAAUCAUCUAUAGAAAUUUAUGUAUCUAAUAGGUGUUUUCUUUAAAAUAAAUUAUUAUUCAAUUA